AUUCCGUAAACCCGCGAGUUCCGGAAGCCUGGGGAACUUAGGUUCUGCUAGGAAAAGCCAAGUUUACCAGAGAAUGUUUCAGGAACAGUUACUUGGAGUGGGGCGUUUCUCAGACUCCUAAGUGUGCCUUCUCUCUCCAAGACUCCGAAGUAUCGACUUUCUGAAAGAAGAGAUUCUGAGGGCCAUGCUAUUUCCUUACAGAUGUUAUUUGUAAAGCGAGGACCUUGGUUGGAGCCUUUAAGAGAGAUCCAGGAUGAGGCCUUAUCUCUGUGUCCCAGGCAUCUGGCAGGGCCAGGCGCUGUCUUGACGUUGCUUAUAGAAUGGAAUCCUUGAAUGGUCUCAGUCUCACAAGGACAGCUUAACAGCAGAAAGAGAAAAUUUGAAUCAGUGCAAGAUUGGUGACAGCCUCUCUAGACCAGCCGGAAAUGAGUAGGAGGGCUGGCAUGCAGCAUCAGGCCAUAUGGAUCACAGAUAUGGCCACAGAUUGUGAAUUUCACUUUGAAAUGGAUUAGCCCCGUAGUUAACCACAUCACCAGAGAACUUGCUGGGGAUGCAGAUUCUUGGCUCCCCAUCCAGGCCAACUGAGUCAGAAACUCUGGAACAGAGGGGCUGUACUCUAAUAAGUCCACCAUAUGAUGCGAUCUCAAGUUUGAAGAUGGCUGGGCUAGAAGCACAGAGACUAUGGUUCCAUGAUGUGAAGACCCCAGCAGAGAAAGAGUGAAAGGCCAAGGAUGUGUGAUAGCCGUGAUGUCUCCAAUGAAAUGCCACAGUACCUGCAGUAGGAAACUAUGAGAAUAAGAUUACACUGAUACAAAGAAAUCGAAUAUGUUGUAAAUGGACAAGAUCCUUCCAUCUUUAGAUCACCACUUUCCUGAUUGUAGCAUUUAAAUUGAUCAAGUAGAUUUCAAAUAGAUUGGUCCCAUGAGAGAGGGCUCAGUCUCAGAAUCUCCGCCCAGCUCUUCUCUCCCAUAUCCCCAUAACUGCCUCCUGAGCUUUUCUACUUAGCUGUCCCCUAGGAACCUAGGUCUCUAAAACCACACAGAUUUAUUAUCUCUCCCUUUAAACCUAUAUCUCUGCAUGUGUUUCCCAUUUUGGAGAACUGGACUACCAUCCAGUCCAUUACUCAAGUCAGUUAUUUUUGGCUCCCUUCUCACUAAAUCGUGUCAAUUCUUCCACCUUGCAGCUUUCAAAGAUACCUAUUUCCCUCCAUCCCCAUGGAUACCUUUCUCAUUUGGACCAUCAUUAGUUUCUUACUAAAUCAUGUUAACAAUCACCUUAAUUGGUCUCUGUGCCUCCCGUCUCUCAGCCUGUAAUCCAUUCUCCAUGUGGCCAGAACAGGCAGUCUGAAAUGCAUGUUCGAUUAGUUCUUGCUUAUGGCUAUCCAGUGGCUCCCCAUUACCUUCUUGAUAAAAUGCAGUAGACUCAGCUUGGCUUUUAGGGCCUUUAGCAUUGGUCUUCUGCUUUCCUUUCCAGCCUUUUCUCUGGUCCUCGGCACCCGUUGUUCCCUCCAUUGAUAUUCUUCCCUUCCUCUACCCACCUGACACUGUAAUCCUUCAGGUGGCCCCAUAGAUCUUGCCUCUCAUGACGCCGCCUUUGGCCUACACAGGUCUAGUUGUGAGCAUAAUCCUCUGAAUUUUCCCUUGCACGUCACCAAUCACAUUGAAUUGUAAUUGCCUAUUAUUUGCAGCAAGACUCUUCCUCUCCCCCUCCUCCCACUUGCUAGAUUAUAGUCCCCACAAGGGUUGAGACAGUGUCUGUUCUUCCAUUUUAUCACUAGCUCUGGCACAUUCAUUGCGAAAUAGCAGAUGAGCAACAAACAUAUGUUGAAAGAAGUAGCAAUCAGCGGCCUGGAUAUGGUAACUCGAAACAGUUUUAAAGGCCCUUGGGCGGGAAUUUGUAUUUGGUACACUUCAGCCACCCCAGACUUUCAUCCUGUUCAGUACUCCACUCAUCGACUGUUUGUGGAGUAGUACCAGGCACUGCGCUGAUUGCUAAGAUUCAUCGGUGACAAGGCUCAAUCUUUGCAACAGGGCUUAUCUCUAGUGGAGGAAACAAGCAAUUAAAGAGUAGUUACAUGUACAGUGUAUGAAGUAUCAACAUAGUUUACAUACUGUCAGUACAUAAAGGCCAAGACAGAGUGCUAAAGAAACAGCUAGAAGAGGCUGCUAACUCAACUUUGGAGAGUCAGAAAGGAAGUGGUCCCUAAGCUAGUACUGAAAAACUUGGUACCAUGUGGGUUGUUCAGUCAAAGAACAGGGAACAGACAGCAAAUGUCCACUAGCAAACAAGGGAAGGGGGCCCUUCGUGACUAGAGGUGGAAGCACUAGGAAGGAAAGCAGCCUGGGGUAGAUUUGGGGAGGCUCGUGUUUCCAAAGGACUCAAGUGUGGGAAAUGCACAAUGCGCUGAAGGCGGCAAAAAAAAAAAGAAACCUUCAGAGAAGGCAUGGCUUCCAGAGAGGAGAAUUCAAAGCAGGCAAACAGAGUGCUCAGAAUAAGUCAGUUGGAUGCACUUGAACUAAACAAGGCCCUGGAGCAGCUCGUUUGGUCCCAGUUUACUCAGUGCUUUCAUGGAUUUAAGCCAGGGCUAUUAGCCCGCUUUGAACCAGAGGUGAAAGCAUUCUUGUGGCUUUUCUUGUGGAGAUUCACCAUCUACUCUAAAAAUGCCACAGUGGGACAGUCAGUUUUGAAUAUUCAAUACAAGAAUGACUUUUCGCCAGACCUGAGAUACCAGCCACCAAGUAAAACUCAAAAGCUCUGGUACGCCAUCUGUACGAUCGGUGGGAAGUGGCUCGAGGAACGGUGCUACGAUGUGUUUCGAAACCGUCACUUCGCAUCCUUCAAGAAAGCCAAACAGUGUGUGCAUCUCGUGGUGGGACUUCUGAAGCUCGGCGGGUUGAUUAAUUUCUUGAUUUUCCUUCAAAGGGGCAAGUUUGCCACUUUGACGGAACGUCUCCUGGGCAUCCAUUCCGUGUUUUGCAAGCCCCAAAAUGUCCGUGAUGUGGGCUUUGAGUAUAUGAAUAGGGAACUCCUCUGGCACGGCUUUGCCGAGUUUCUGAUUUUCCUCCUGCCCCUUGUCAAUAUCCAGAAGAUGAAAGCCAAGCUCUCCGCCUGGUGCACCCCUGUGACGGGCGCCCCCAGUGGUGAUGGUGCGUUAGGCACCAGCGGCAAACAGUGCGCUCUAUGCGGGGAGUGGCCCACCAUGCCCCACACCAUGGGAUGCCAGCAUGUUUUCUGUUACUACUGCUUGAAGAGUAGCUUCUUAUUCGACAUGUGCUUUGCUUGCCCUAAGUGUGGCACAAAGGUGCACAGCCUGCAGCCCCUGAAAUCAGGACUCGAGAUGUCAGAAGUGAAUACCCUUUAGAAAGCUAACCUCAUUUCCUGAGAAGAGCAGCCUUAUGUUUAAAUCCUUAACAUGAGUCAUCCAAAGCACCCUCUUUAGGUAUGUUUUAUGAGGACAUGUGUUUCUCCGCCGCUGCCGUCCCUUCCUUUCCCAGCAUGACUAAAUUCUACUCACACUGGAAACCACAUGAUUCUAAAUAUUAUGAUAUAAAUGGUCAUGUAUUAUUUUUUUAAUCAUUGCAUUUAAUUUUGAAUGUCAAGAAUAAUGGAUAAUUUUUAUCAAAUGACUACUAAGAAUGCUCCUUCAUUCUUCUACUUCCUGAAAAGAGGUUAGACUCUUAAAGAUUGUAGAGACUCUAGGAUGAGUGUGAUUUAUUUUCAGAAAUGAUACCAUAACAUCAUAAAAUGACAAUAGUAAGACCUGUUGUUACUGAUGUCCCAAGUGUAAUUUUAAGUGUUGCUCUGAAGCCACCUUUUAAGGGGUUCAGUCAACUUCCUUCUUGGGCAAAACAGUGGCCUCCAGAUGCUCAAGACUUCCAUUCUGCCAGCUUUCUGAUCCUACUGGUCUGAGAGCAUCUUGCCUAAUAGUUCUGGCCAAGUCCAGAAACACAGGCCAUGGGUCAGCCUGAGAUGAUGUGCACAGUCCUGAACUGGAUGGAGAAAUACUGCUCCCAGUUACUCAAAUGUGGGUGACCCACCUUCACGAAUACAAGAUGAACUGAAGUAGGGGAGGAGGCAGUUCACUCCAGGAAACCAAGAUGCUAUAAUGAAGAAGAUGGAUGCCAACCAGGUAGAAAUGAUAGAUGCUGACUGGUAUCUCCCUUUGCCUUCUGUAUCCCAGAAAUCCUCAGGCCAUCGUUCCUUUUACCAGUGAUCUAGCUUGAUAAGGACAUUAAUAAGUAACUGAAUGGUUGUUUUAGAUUGCAGGUUUGAAAGGAUAGAAUAAAGACAAGAUUUUGUGACACCA